AUGAAGCCAGAGGUGGCCAAGGGCCCUUUUAUCCAGAAUGGUGCCCAAUCACAGAUCCAGCUGGUGGAGUCCGGAGGGGAUGUGAAAAAGCCUGGAGAGUCCCUCCACCUAACAUGUCAAGCCUCCGGGUUCACCUAUGCCAGCUAUUACAUGGGCUGGGUGAGACAAGCUCCUGGAAAGGGCCUGGACUGGGUUGCUUAUAUGCACCCAACCAGCUCAUCCAGUAUUUACUACUCGGAUAAAGUGAAGGGACGAUUCACCAUUUCCAGGGACAAUUCAAAGAGCCAGCUGUAUUUGCAAAUGAACGGCCUGAAAGCAGAGGACACUGGAAUGUAUUAUUGUGCAAGAUACACAAGUCACACCCAGAGACACAUCCCUGUUGUACCUGUAACCAAUUUCAACCACCCUCAAGGCAAAAGAGGGGAAAGGAUGUUUGGGCUUCAAUUUAUUCUCUUCUUAGCAGUCUUCAAAGGCGCCCUAUCACAGAUCCAGCUGGUGGAGUCUGGAGGAGAUGUACGAAAGCCUGGACAGUCCCUCCACCUAAUCUGUCAAGCCUCUGGGUUCACCUAUGCCAGCAGCUACAUGGGCUGGAUGAGACAAGAUCCUGAAAAUGGCCUGGACUGGGUUGCGGGUAUACACCCAACCACCUCAUCUGAUGUUUACUACUUGGAUACAGUGAAGGGACGAUUCACCAUUUCUAGGGACAAUUCAAAGAGCCAGGUGUAUUUGCAAAUGAAUGGCCUGAAACCAGAGGACACUGGGAUGUAUUAUUGUGCAAGAUACACAGUGAGGGGAAGUGAAUCUGAAGCAAGACAAAAACUCUCCUUUGCUCACCCCAGCUGCCAAGACUGA